CGUACAGUGUAGUUAGUAAUAGCAGGAGAAGUUGUCUAGACUCAUUUUCAUCGCACAGUGUUCUUUUGACUUUCAAAAUUCCUUCGCUUGAGAUUGAGUGUGUACCUGAAGAAAUGUAGUCUCAUUCUUCAAUGACAUGUAAACUUAUUCGUUCUUCAAUGACAUGUCUAAAAAAUGUUCCUCGAGGAUGGUUCUCAACAGGACGUGCUUCUUGCUGAUCAGAAAGACAACGAAGUCCGAGCUGCCCUAACUUUUCGCGGUGCUGCAGCUUUCGAGGCCUAUGACUCGUACACUUGCCAACGCCAUCGUCCUCUAGUCGAGUUGAUUUCAGGGAUAUUCGCAGAUUUCAUACUACUUUGUGGAAGAAGAACGCCUGGGGAGGAACUGAGCGAUUUGGUUCCCUAUUUUGCUGUCAACGGAGAAGCAGGACAAGUAGAGGGGUCUACUACAACCACAGCAAGCGGUACAUCUGCACCAACCUCUACAAGUACAAGUCAGACUCGUACAGCACGACUGCGCUUCUUCGUGUUUCGAGCCUUGUUUUCCCGUGUCCUGCCUUACUGCUUGGCCCGAAGACGACCUGGUGGACUGUUUUCAACGACUUCGCACUUGGCUUUUUCGGUGGAACUACUCGCAGAAGCACUCGCAACAGCCGGCGACAUAGGCCAGAGUCUGUUCUUCUUUACUGGAGGGCCUCAAGAUCUAGCACAGCGCUUGUGGGGUUGGAAGCUGGGCAGCUUGCGAGAAGAACAGCCCGGAUGGAAAGUGGAGGAGAUGAUGGGCAACAACUUCAGUUCUAGAGAACAACUACAAUCAAAAAAUAGAAGAAACGCAGCUAAACAACAAGAAGAAGAACCAGAUGCUACAAGAACUUUACGACUAGUUUUCCGUGCUCUUGGAACAUUGGUCGCUUUGCAGAGGAUACUGAAGCUUCGAAAAUUCAUCUUACAACAAGUGGGACUCCAAGAAGAUGAAGUUGUAGAUGGUACUACAAGAAUAGGACCUAAGGAACAUGUAUUUCACGUCGGAGCAGCCUCCUCGACGCACCACAAUAAUUGUGGAUUGCCAGAAGAGCUAUCUCGUCCCCCCUUAAACAGAAGAAAUAUAACGAGCAUGAUUAGCCUUGGCCGGCAGAACGAAGAUAUAGGAACAAGAACUACAGCAGGAAAUGAAUUAACCUUCGCAGAAAAAAUCGCCACAACACGGAAGCAGCCUAGGAGGAGAAGGAGACCAAAUUGCUCUCCCACAGACAGUCUUUUCUAUGACCACGAUCUGCAGCAAGACAAUCUAGGAAUUAGCGGCACAAGUGUUCUCGGAGGUGGAGGAGGUGUUUUCUCACCCAGUGAAAGAAGUGUUGAAUAUCGUCCUUUCAUCUCACCACUCUCAACUGAACAGGAGCAGGAUGAUAACUACAACAAGAAUCCAGCUUGUGUUAUCUGUUCGGAGACACUGGUAACGAAGUCCUCACCGCAGACGGCAACUUCUAUGCCCUGUGGCCAUGUCUUCUGUUGGGAAUGUGCAGUGCAACAGGUAACAGCAAAUGGAAAUUGUCCACUUUGUAGGGAAAAGUGUACACCACAACAGCUCUUACCGGUGUGGCAUGUAGAUCUGACAAGGAUGGGGGGAUGACUUUUUGGGGUUACAUUUACAUUUUGGAAACUUACUGACAUUCCUCAAAUUUUUUCCAACGCGCAAUCAGAAACAUGAUGUUCUUGAUGUUUUCAACGAUAAUUAGAU